ACGCUUCAAAGCGAGGAGAGGAAUAAUGAUCCGACGAGUGCAAGACGGCAGGUCUGGGAGAGAGUAGAUUUAUUGCUUUUGCUGGACGUGUGCACGUCAACUGCUGCAGUCUGCUGUCGCGCUCCGGGAUUCACGUUGGACAGGCCUACGUUUCCUUUCCUCCUGCCACUGCCAACUGGUCUGCGUCAAAAAGCACCGUGAUUUUUCUAACCCAGCAGCCAUAUCUGCUCGUGUCACUCCUUCCUUACAAGAGCUACUCUCUUGGCCGGCACGUCUCUCCUACACCUAGCCCCUUGAGAGGUCCAAGCGCAGGAAUCGCAUCAAGACCCACCCCGUUUCGUGACUAGCACCUUAGACCACCAUGGCGUCGCCAAACGUGACGACGGCGUCGCUUCGCAAGUCCGCCACGCAGGCCGCUGCCACGCAGGCCGCUGCCACGCAGGCAUCAGGGCCCGCCGCCGGCUCCGCCACUGCGAACCCGACGCCCACUAAAUACUCGCACAGGCAGGCCAAGGCAUACAAGCCGUCUGAGCUGCCGCAGUACACGGUGCCCAACUUCACCAUCAAGGACUUGCUCUCCGCCAUUCCCGCACACUGCUUUGAGCGCUCGGCGCUGCACUCCUUCGCUUACGUCUUUGCCGACCUGGCGAUGGUCGCUGCGCUGGCAUAUGCCGCCACUUUUAUUGACCCGCUCGUUUCAAGUGUCGACUUCAGCCGCCAGUCGCCCCUACCGGCGAGCGUCCUGUCGGCCGCCGCUCAACAAACGGCUGCACGCUGGUCUCUCUGGGGCCUGUACACCUUCUUCCAAGGCUGCGUCUUCACCGGCCUGUGGGUCAUCGCACACGAGUGCGGCCACCAGGCAUUCUCCACGUCCAAGUCACUCAACAACGCCGUCGGCUGGGUCCUCCACUCUGCUCUCCUCGUGCCGUACCACUCCUGGCGCAUCAGCCAUGCCCGCCACCACGCCGCCACGGGCCACCUGACGCGCGACGAAGUCUUUGUACCACGCACCCGUGCGCAGAAGGGCCUCCUUCCGCUCAAGCGGGCUGAACAGCAACUCCAGGACGACGGUUCGGACGUUGAGGCUGAAGAGGGGCAGGUGCUCAACGCCGUCGCGCCUGCUGCGAAGCACGAGAGCGUCACCGUUGCGCCAGAGUACCAGAAUGAGCACGAGAAGGAGUCCUUUGGCGAGUGGCUCGCCGAGGUGCUCGAGGACGCACCUGCAUACAACCUUGUCAUGCUCGUUCUGCAGCAGCUGUUCGGCUGGCCGAUGUACCUCAUCAAGAACACCUCCGGCCAGCUCCACUACCCUAAGGGCACCAAUCACUUCCAGCCGGAGUCGGUCAUCUUUGACGCACGCCACCGCAUGCAGAUCAUCGCCUCGGACAUUGGCCUGGCUAUCACACUGUCUGCGUUGUGCGUGUGGGGCACCCACCUGUCGCCGAACGGCUUUGUCGACGUCGCACGCUACUACUUGGUCCCGUACCUGUGGUGCAACCACUGGCUGGUGAUGAUUACAUGCCUGCAACACACGGACGUCGCGCUGCCGCACUACCAGGCGUCUGAGUGGACCUUCCCGCGGGGCGCGUUGUGCACCAUCGACCGCAGCUGGCUGUGGCCCAUCGGCCCGUACCUGCUCCACGGCAUCGCCGAGACGCACGUCUGCCACCACAUCUCCUCCAAGAUCCCGCACUACCACGCGUGGGAGGCGACCGAGGCGCUCAAGCAGCGCCUCGGCGAGCACUACAAGGCAACGACCGAGAACGUCUUUGUUAGCCUCUGGAGGAACUCGCGCGCGUGCAAGUUCGUCGAUGAGAACGACAAGAUCGCCUUCUACCGCAACGCCCACGGCGUCCCCUCCGCCAUCGUUAAGAACAGGAAGGCGGAUGAGAACUCGGAUUCCGGCCUUGCGCUCUCCGAUUAGACGGGACGCGAGCUGUGCGACUGGCUGUGCCUGUGCCUGCUCCACUUUCCCUCCCUUUCAAGCCCGCUGCCCAACAAUCAACGAAAUGACCAAGCACUUUAGCAUCGCAACUUCCCUGCGGCUCAUCUCUUGCCUUCGCCUUCGUUUCCCUUUUCCAUUUCUUAUACUGUAGAUCGUGCGAUUUGGGCUGCUGGUUGUUUCAGUGGUUCCUUCCAAAGAGAACGUCACCUCAAAAGCGUCCUCCUAGCUAACAAUUGCGAUGGAGGAUGAUAGAAAUGUAAGAAGACAGCCACCAACGACAGCAGAAUAGAGCAUUCAUAAUCGCUCGACAAAUCUAGAAACGCGCACUGUCCGCUACACAUGGCGCCGGUUCCAGCGGUACUUGGAUGUAUGGCACAUGGUUCGUGACAAUUGCAUGUGUGCCAU